AUGAGUGAUGAAAAAAGGUCUCGGAGCUCUUCUAGGGAGAAGCAUGGGAGAAGCAGAGAGAAGUCCUCUCCAGGGAACAAAAAAGAGAAGACGGCACACAGACAGAAAACCAGCAAAGAGAGGCAGCAAUCCAACCAGAAGAAAUUUAAAAAGGACACCAAAAGCACCCUUCAAGUAGGCAACCAAAUCCAUACUUCCACAGUGGUUGAUGUGGAUGAUGUGGUGUCAUUUGAUGAAGAAAUGGAGGUGAUGGCCUUGCUUGAAAGUGAGAAGCAGGAGGAAGGCUUAAAGUCUCCAGGUUUAGGCAUCUGUGAGUGGCUUCUUGUCAUCCUCUCACUCUUUCUCAUCAUAAUCACAUUUCCCAUUUCCAUCUGGUUCUGUAUGAAGAUUGUACGAGAAUAUGAGAGAGCUGUUUUAUUCCGAUUUGGUCAUAUUCUUCAUGGAAGGCCAAGAGGGCCUGGCUUGUUUUUUCUCCUUCCCUGUCUGGAUACUUACCACAAAAUAGACAUUCGUCUCAAAACUUUAGAGAUUCCUUUAUGUGAGGUAAUCACCAAUGAUAUGGCUGUUUUAGAAUUAAAUACUGUCUGCUACUAUCGAAUGGAGAAUGUUACUCUGCUGAUGACCACGCUCGCUAAUCGUUCUAAUGCAGUUCAGAUGCUGGUACAGACUAUCACAAAGCGCUUGCUGGCACAUUGGACUUUCACUGACAUACUGAUGGAGAGAAAGAACAUCAGCCAGGAGAUAAAGGUGGCCGUGGAUGCCAUCACCUGUCAGUGGGGGAUUAAAGUUGAGCUGACAGAAAUUAAAGACAUUCGGCUGCCAGCUGAGCUCCAGGUGUCACUAUCUGCACAAGCAGAAGCCCAGCGUCAUGCUAAAGUGAGGGUGAUCGCUGCUGAAGGUGAAAAAGCUGCUUCUGAAUCUCUGAAGAUCGCAGCUGAGACAUUGUCUCAUACUCCAGCUGCUCUCCAGCUCCGUUAUCUUCAUACUCUGCAGAACUUGUCUUCUGAAAAACCUCCGACCCUUGUUCUGCCUUUACCCUUUGACCCCCUGAGCCUUUCAGUUGCAGUAAAUCAAACAUCCCUUGGCUACAACUCUUCAGGUUGUGACAAUAAUCCAGAAACUUCCAAGGGCAAGGACUCCCCCAUGUUAUAG